AAAUGACCUUCCUGGAACGAAUGAUUAAUACCGUAUUGUCUACUAUUCAUCUUAUCAAACCCACAAUGCCUUCAUUUGGAAAUCUAGUCGCUAAAUAUGUUCCGGAAAAGCCUUUUGUGUCAAACAGCGAAUUAAAAAAUAGCUAUUUGCUACACAUAAUUGACGGGGAUAUUUUAAUGGAUUAUCCAAUUCCCAUUGCUUCGAAUGCCAUCUUAUGUGGUGGAUUAGCAGCCAGGCCCGCUGAAUCGUUGAUAACUAGGAUAGAGUCAUUUGUUAAGAAGUCUAAAGAUGGCUUAGUAAUUGUUGCCCUUGGUAGCAUAAUUAAGUCAUGGCCUGAACAAAUAACGAAUAAAUUAAUUUCAGCUUUUCAAAAGAUGAAGCAUUUUAAUUUCAUAUUUCGUAGUGGAGAGUAUGAAAAAGAAUAUGGAAACAUAUUACUUUUGCCAUGGUUACCACAGAAUGAUCUGCUUGGGCAUGUAAAAACGAAACUAUUCAUCACUCAUUGUGGGAAAAGCAGCGUUUUUGAAGCUCUCUAUCAUGGCGUACCGAUGCUUGCAUUUCCAAUUGCUCUUGAUCAAAAAUCAAAUGCCGCUCUUAUAAUAGACAAGGGUUAUGGAAUUUCAAUGGAUAUUUUAGAUUUUUCUGUGAACGAAUUAGUUGAAAACAUCAAUAUUGUAGUGCAUAACAGCACUUUCAUGUUCAGCAUUAAAAAUGCAUCUGAGAUAUUCCACAGUCGUCCACAAACACCAACACAAAGAGCAGCUUAUUGGAUAGACUUGGUGACUAAAUAUGGAUCAGAUCAUUUCAGACCAGCAUCGCUAGAUAUGCCGUGGUAUUGCUAUUUUAUGUUAGACGUUUAUCUAGUUUAUCUUGUGGGAAUCGUUUUGGCCGUAUAUGUUUUGAAGGUAUUUCUGAAAUAUUGUGUUAAACUAUGCUGUCGGAAAAAAAAUGCCAAAGAAAAACUGCAAUAAACCUACUCGUACGCCUGUAAUGCAAAUUGAAUUCAUAUAUAUAAACUAAAUCAUAAAAGUUACGAAAAGGUCAUUUUCACUUACUUUGUUUCAUAAUGUAUGAUAUAAGAAUACUAAUAUUAAUACAUUCAUAUCGACAAGAUUUAGACAUUACUUUGAUCAAUUAACAAGUCAGUAUAAAGGUAAAAAAUAAAAAAAGGGAAAAUUUACUUCUGACUAUUGCACCAGAGAUGACACCGAUGAAAACACACGUGAACAGAUAGAGAUUAAUCACCACCAUGUUUAAAAAAAAAGCAUUGUAUUCGCUUCGUGUGAUAGAAGAAGCACCUACGCACAUGAUGUUACUGAAUUUGGGAGUUCUUGCUCUUUAUUUUAGUCUAAUAAAGGCAACAGUAGUAUACCGCUGUUUAACAUUGAGACUUUUUAACAUGUAAAUCCUUUUGUAUUAAAUAUACUCUUUCCGUA